UUUAUCUGGAAUUUGAACGAAACACAGAUAAAAAUAUCGCAAAAAUGUCGACACAAAGACCCAAAACCUUGUCGACUGCAAAGGAGUCCUUUCGAGCGUCCGCGGUCAGCGCAGACAGCCGAUCCGAGGUAAUGUCCCACAGUGACUCGGAUGAAGAAUGGGAGCCUGGGAAUGAGGAUAAGCCGGCAUCUGAUGUCACCAUCUAUAACUACUACAACAUGGGACCAGCAUUCGGCAAGAAGUUCCCAUUGCCGUACAUUCGCUUGAUGAUAGCCCAGGUGGUCAAGGAGAAGCUGGCAAACAAGACCUAUAAUCAAUCGGAAGCCCUUAAAUGGACCCGCGAAGUCGCCGAUGACAUAAACAUUAAGAUGAAGGGACGCGGCUCUUCUCCAAGAUUCAAGCACGUUGUGAACGUAAUGCUUUACCAGCAGACCGGAGCCGGAUGUUUCUACGGAGCUCGCGCCAUUUGGGAUGAGCUGUCCGAUGACUACAUAACCUUCACCUUUGAUGGUGGCAGUUUUAUCUGCAUUGCUGCCGUUUUUGGUUGCUAUCAGUACUAGGUUGAUGUACAAUUAAUCAAAUAUAAGAAAUUUUUUAGUAUUAUGCAUUUGCAUAAAAUG